AUGUGCUACGUGGGAAAAGCAACAAAGAUCUUCAUCUUCAUCGUCUCCGCGCUGGUUGUUACUGGUCUGAUCAUAGGAUUCGGUCUUUCACGACACCGACACAACAAUAACAACAACACCAAAUGCUCUGAUGAAUCUUGCGAAUCUCCGCCUGUAACAAAUCCAACCCCUCCUCCACCGCCUGACUCCACCUCCACCUCCAACUCUCCUCCUCCGCCUGACUCUAACUUCAAUCCUCCUCCUCCACCGUCAAUUCAGUCUCCGCCGCCUCCAACUGUAGCAGAGCCGCCGACGAGUAGCACGCCGGGAUCGGCGCUAGUGAGUCCGGGCCCUGUACAUGCUAUUUUCUAG